AUGGCACGCCUCCACACUCUGAAUCCUCCCAAGCAAAUCACCUUCGAGGUCUUGGUUGGUUGGGACUUUGACCCUGUGUUCUUGCCUCAGAUUCCUCUGGGUAACGUGGAAUCACUUUUCGACUAUCUUCACGUCUUGGGUGGCAACAUGAACCAUAUCAAACUCAAGUUCAUGUCCAAAGACACCAGAACAGCUUACGACACAUCUCCUUCAUCCAAGAAAGAGAUUGCACCCGACCACAGAGGACGCUUUCGAAACAUGAAAUCCAAGAUACUGGACUUACUCCAAACAGCCAUGGACAGAUAUCGUGCUUGUCUCGAAACACCGUCUACCGUCCCACCCAUGCAGAAAUGGGGACGCUAUCUGGAUUUCCAGCAUGCGACUGAUGCCACCACAACAGAUCAGGACAAGUACAAACAAGUCAGAGGCUGGAUGGCUGAUACGUGUACAGACCUUCUCGACAAUAUGUGGAAUAGUGGGUAUGGUCGAAGAGCUGGGUUCAUCAAGUACCAUAUGUUGGAGGCUUUCAAGAUGCCUCAGGAAUACUAUGAUCGGGAUGCUAUGGUUGUGUUGUAUCGCCAGAAUAUGGGGAUACCGCAUUUGCCUUUGGAUAAGAGCUUGUACUUUCCUUAG